UCUAAUGUACAUUGCACAAAAAACAAACCCAAUUAGCACUCUCUGCUCCUUCCAUCUCCGCCGUACCGGAAAAACCAUGUCGGAAGCACCGUCUCAGCCACCACUCCCAGCCACCGACGCGCCGCCGCACUGGUGCUACCACUGCGAGAAACGCGUCUCCAUCGAAACCACCGUGAAUUCCCCCGACGUCAUCUGCGGCGAGUGCAAGCACGGCUUCGUCGAAUCCAUUCCCACACCAUCUCUCUCGCGCUCUCGCUCACCUUCCGCAUCCUCCGACGAUCCUUACUUCGGCUCCCAGUUCCUCCAGGUCCUUCGCCUAAUCGCCCAAUCGGCGCGUGACGACGACGCGUCUCCCCCGCCGCCGCCGAGUCGCUCCCCGGAGAACGAUUUCCUCAGGAUCGAGGUCGGCGGCUGGGACAACGACGACGAGGAGGAGGACGACGACGGCGUGGAGUUUCACAACGACGGUGAAGGUGCCGUCGAGGAGCCGGAGGAUCGAUCCGGUAACGAGGAUCCGCACGGAGAUGAUGAAGAUCUGAGGCGAUGGAGGCGUGAGCUGCUUCGGCAUAGGAUUAGGGAUUUGGCGACCCGAACGAGGAGCAUGCGGAACCGGAUCUUGGAUUGGGCUGAGAUCUUGAUGGGUCUGGAAGACAAUUCCAUUGAGUUCAGGCUUCAGGUGCCGGAAUCGGAACGGUACGUCGGAAAUCCGGAGGAUUAUGUGGAUGCGGCGGAGUAUGAGGCGUUGCUGCAGACUCUGGCGGAGAGCGACGGAAGUGGGAGGAGGGGAGCCCCACCGGCGUCGAAAACGGCGGUGGAAGCGUUACCGACGGUGAAGAUUGCCUCAGAAAGUGAGGCUGUGGUGUGUGCUAUAUGUAAGGAUUUGGUGGGUGUUGGAGAGGUGGCUAAGAAAAUGCCUUGUGGGCAUGAGUACCAUGGAGAUUGUAUUGUUCCUUGGUUGAGUUGCAGAAAUUCUUGCCCUGUCUGUAGGUUUGAGCUCCCAACGGAUGAUAAGGAAUAUGAGGAAGACAGGGUGGCGGUCAACCCUUCUAAUGGGGCAGGGUCUUCGGGUUCGGGUUCGGGUGGAGAUUCCACCAUUUGAUUCCCACCUGGUAUGUUCUGUUCUGUUCUUCCAUUUGUGUAAUAUAUUUCGUGCUUUCUAUCUUCUUUUGUGAACUUCUUUAUUAGUGGAUUUUUAUCAAAGCUUGUACAAUUUUAUUUAUUUGAAGCUUUUAUCUAGUUGGCUUCUUAGCUCUCAGAUGCUAAGAUACUUGUAUAUAGCAUUUGGAUCAAUGUGAUCACACUACUUCAACGGAAUUUUCAGUUUCUCCUAA